UACCAUGAGUUUACAGUGACGAUGCUCGCUAGCGACUGCGUAAAUGAUUUCUAUGGAGAAUAGUACAGCGCCGUCGGCGGUCACUCAUAGAACUAAAAAUCGGCAGUAUGAGUUCAACGCUAGCGAUUACUUUUCGAUAGGUAUUUUACCUAGCUCGCUAGCGAGUAACGUUUGUAGCUGUUGCCUAUAGAAAUUGGUACCAUGAGUCACAUUUUUGACAUACGCUACCGAGCAAUACGUUAUCGACUGUAGUAAUCUAUUUCACUGGCAUAUUGGAGCGUGAAAACUUAUUAGAAUUCGUGUUAUAGUAUAUUUUCUUAUCAUUAUUUAUGUAAAUAAUGUCAGCAAGGCAUUAUUUGGCAUGGGAUAUGUUAGCGAAAGCUGCAUAUGAAGACGAACGACGUGAACAAGGAAAAUAUCAAGCCGAUAUGAGAAACAUAUUAAGAAACCCACUUCAACACAUAAGUGAGAAUAAUUUUAUUAAAGAAUAUAGGCUUAGCAAGGAAGCUUUUGAGGAUUUGUGUGAUUUGUUAAUAAAUCAUGCGGAUUUGAAAUCCACUCAAAGAGUGUCAGUGGAAUCAAAGUUAAGUAUAAAUUCUAUAAAAGUGUUAAGUACUUAUACAUUUUAUUUGACAUUUAUGAGUGUUAUUUUGUAAUUAACCAACAAACUAACUCUUGCAGGUUUUAUGUGCAACAACCGCUUUGAACCACCCCAAUAUUCUAAAAAUGUUUAUCAAUUUUCCAACCACACGCCAAGAAAGAGAUGACAUUAGACACAGUUUUUUCAAUAAAUAUGGAAUCCCAGGGGUGAUAGGAAGCAUUGACUGCAGCCACUUCAAGAUAUUUACACCCAAAAAGGAAGAAGAACACUUAUAUUUCUGUAGAAAGCAUUAUCACUCAAUGAAUGUACAAAUGAUAUGUGAUCAGGAUUGUAAAAUUUUAUCCAUUAAUGCUAAGUUUGGAGGUGCAGCCCAUGAUUCUUUCAUAUGGGAAAAUAGUAAUGUUAACAAUUAUAUACAGUCUUUACACAGGCGUAAUGAAAUUGUCUGGCUUUUAGGUGAUUCUGGUUACCCUCAACGGCCAUGGCUGAUGACACCAUAUUUAAACCCAACUCCCAACUCUAUUGAAGAAACUUUCAAUGCAGCCCACACUUCUGCAAGAGUUGUCAUUGAAAACACUUUUGGGCGAUUGAAGAACCGUUGGCGCUGUGUACACCGAGAUAGAAAUUUACAUUACAGGCCAGAAAAGUGCUCACAAAUUAUUAUAGCAUGUUCUGUGCUACACAACAUUGCCUUAAAGUACAAUGUUCCGGAUCCCGAAGAGAUAUGUGAACAAAAUCAAGAAUUUCAUCGAGAGGAAGUGGUGUUGGAAGAUGGAGGUGCUAGCGAUUUAUUAAUGGGGAGAGCACUACGGGAUCAGUUAGCUAGAAGACUUGCAUCAAGACGGUCAUAGUAUAAUUGUUUAAGAGUGUAAUGUUUGCAAAUAGGUACCAAGUAUCAUUUGUUAAAUAGGUAAAACAAAAAUAUACAUACACAUUUAUAA